AUGAAUCAUGUCUAUCCAGUCUUUCACAAAGCUUUCAGGAGAACUCUAAUCUCUGACCCAGAAAUUGAUUCGUCACAAAAAAUUUCAACUGAAAACCCUGGAAAUGUUGCAAAAACGGGCCAAGAUGUGAGCCAAUUUGUUCAUAGGAUCACAGAGAUUAUACGAGAUGAAAACUCCACUUUUUCUAUGGAGCAUAGCUUAGGAGAGGCUGGCCUUACCUUUGAUUCUGAUACUGUAGACAAAAUUUUGAAAAGGUGCUUCAAAGCUAGGGAUGCAGCCAUUAGAUUUUUCUAUUGGGUCAAGCUCCAACCAGGGUUUCAACACACUGCACAAACAUAUAAUACAAUGUUAUAUAUUGCUGGUGAGGCAAAGGAAUUUGAUUUGAUAAAGAGAUUACUUGAUGAAAUGAAUAGCGAAGAAUGCCCAAAGGAUAUCAAGACUUGGACCAUUUUGGUUUCUCACUAUGGGAAGGCUAAACAGCUUGGUGAAGCCUUGAAAACCUUCAAAGAGAUGAAGAAAUCGGGUUUUGACCCCGACGAGACGGUUUAUGGUUCUAUGGUUUUGUCCCUUUGUAAUGCAAGGAAAUCGGAGCUAGCUGCUGAAUUCUACAAGGAAAUGGCAUUGAGUGGCAUGAAAUUAGAUAGUCAUGGGUAUAAGCUUCUGAUGACUUGUUUAGGAGAGGCAGGAGAUAUAUUUGGGGUGCGAUCUGUUGGAAAUGACAUGUUGAAAAUUGCAGGAAUGCCCAAAUGCGCAGUUCAUUCUUCUAUGAUGCAGAGCCUUUCUAUAUCUGGUAGAUUUGGAGAUGCCAUAAAGUUGGUAAAUGAGAUUAGAGGGGAGAAUUCAAGCCUUGAAGAGUAUCAAGUUUUAUUCAAAGGGUUGUGCCGGGCAUGUAGAAUGAACAAUGCAUUGGAACUUCUCGGUGUAAUAUGUAAGCAUGAGGGUGCCAUUGACAGGGAUGUAUAUGAGAUUCUCAUCAACGGAUACUUGAGAAUUGGGGAGAUUUCUGUAGCCUGUGUAUUAUUGAAUAGCAUGAAAAAAUUGGGGUUUUUGCCUUCGGUUUCAACAUAUACUGACAUAGUCCAACAUUUGUUCAGGAUGAAUGCUUAUGAAGAAGGUUGCCGGCUUUAUGAAGAAAUGAAAGAAAGUGGGUUGGAACCGGAUGUUGUGGCCAUGACAGCCCUAGUUGCUGGACAUGUUUGUCACAGCCAAUUUUCCAAAGCAAAGGAAGCGUUUGAUAAUAUGAAGGAGAGAGGCAUAAAGCCCACAUGGAAAGCUUAUUCCAUAUAUAUCAAGGAGCUCUGUAAGAUUAAUGAACCUGAGCAGGCUUUUGAGCUUUUGAAAGAAAUGAAGAGCUUCAAGAUGAAUGCAGGCCAGGAAACAUGUCAAAUUGUUAUUUCUUUGCUCGAAAAGGCAGGGAAGUUAGAGAAAGUACAAUUAGUCAAGCAAAUGAGCAAUGCCUUUGCACUUCAAAACCAAGAGCCUGACCUGGCCGAUGUACACAUUAGUCAGGAGCUAUUUUGCGAAGAAACCAAGACUCAUUCAAGUAACAGUGGUUUAGAGUCUCUAGACAAUGAACCGCUCCUACCACUAAUGAAUGAGCUUGAGCUAGGACACCCAUCACAAAAAACUUACAGUGAUCAAGAUCUCCAAGACGCAUGUCGAAUUUUGUUAUCCUUUAGUGACUGGAGUGUACUUCAAGAAGGUCUAGAGAAAAGCACAAUAAAGUUCACACCACAUCUCGUGCAUGAGAUUAUGCGCAAGUGCCAAAUACAUGGGAAUUCCACUUUGAGAUUCUUCUCUUGGGUGGGUCGAAUUCCAGGAUAUCACCACACAACAGAAACAUACAACCUGGCCAUUAAGAUAUCAGGAAGCGCUAAGGAUUUUAAGCAUAUGAAGAGCCUCUACUUAGAAAUGAGAAGAAAAGGGUGCUUGAUAACAGCUGAUACUUGGACCAUAAUGCUGGCUCAGUAUGGUAGGGUUGGAUUGACCAACAUGGCUUUAAGGAGAUUUAAAGCCAUGAAGUUCAAGAAAUACAAUCCAGAUAGAAAUACAUACAAGUAUAUGAUCAUGUUCCUAUGUGGAAAGAAGGGUCGAAAGGUAGAGGAGGCUAUCCUAAUCUUCAAAGAGAUGUUGGGUGUUGGGUUUUCACCAGAUCAAGAAACUCUAGAGAUUUACCUUACAUGUUUAUGUGAAGUGGGGAAAUUAUCAGAUGCUCGGGAUUGUGUUGAUUCUCUCUCUAAGGUGAGCUUCACUGAUCAGUUUAGGUAUUCUGUGCUUGUUAAGGCCCUAUGCAGGGCAGGAAAAUUGGAUGAAGCUUUAGCAUUAUCCAAAGAGUUGGGUACUCUUGAUCAGUAUAUAUAUGGUAGCCUUGUUCAUGGGUUGUUAAGAGCAGGUCGAGUUGAUGAGGCUUUGAAGAUGGUAGGAAAAAUGACGCUUGAUGGAUUUUCGCCUACUGUGCAUGUAUAUACCUCUUUCUUGGUUCAUUAUUUCAAGGAGAAACAAAUGGAGAAAGCCCUUGAAAUCUUUAGAAAGAUGAGAGAGGAUGGGUGCGAGCCAAGUAUAAUCACUUACUCAGCUUUGAUACGUGGAUAUAUGAAUCAGGGACUCGCCAUUGAUGCUUGGAAUACUUUUUGGCUUAUGAAAUUGAAAGGGCCAUUUCCUGAUUUUGAGACGUACUCCAUGUUCAUAAGCUGUCUCUGUAGAGAUGGCAGGUCAGAAGAAGCCUUGCAGCUUAUUUAUGAUAUGAUGGAAGAUGGAAUAAUUCCCAGCACUUUGAAUUUUAGAACUGUUUAUUAUGGUCUGAAUAGAGAAGGGAAACAUGAUUUGGCUCACACUGUACUACAAGCCAAGUGGGCGUUAAUGAAAAGAAGGAAAUUUAGCACAUGA